AUGGCCAUUUUGCCCUUUAAGUUAAAAAUUUAAAAACGCGCUCCUCUUCUCGGAAGACCACUGCUACUUCUUUUCUUCUUCCAUUCCUGUUGAUCCUCCGUGACACCGCGAGCCAAGCUUUCGUCUUCUUCCGGACACCACGAGCCAAGCUUCUUCUUCUUCUCCGUCUUCUCCGCGAACAGCCUUCGAGAUCAUGGCCAGAACACGAGGUUUAGGUCGUGCCAUAGGUAGAGUUGUAGGCAGAGAUAGAGCUGCUGACGAGGAUGCUGACAAUGUUCCCGAGAGGCGUAGGCUUAUUGCCUCAGCCCGUAGGCUACGCGUUCAUCAGAUGACUACAGAGGGACGUGAUAAGGCUGAGGACGUCGCUGACAUGACUGAUGAUGUCCCUGAGCAGCCUACGGAGGCACCUGAGAUGCGUGAGGACGCACAGGGUGCUGAUAGUGGUGAGGGGUCAGAUGGUGAUGAUGCUGCAGAGGGAUUCCCUGGUGGUCCACGUGACCCGUCAGUGCUGACAUCAUUUGUCGAGCAUGUUGCACAUGCUGUGUGGAGUGGACAGGUAUUUUAAUUUGUUAAUUAUUUGUCAUUG